AUGGCCUUGCAAUUCGUUGGAUUGAUAAUUGCACUGAUUGUUAUCGACGGCACGUCCGGGAGGGUGCAACGUUUUUUCAUUACGGGACGUCUUGUUUGCGGCACACGACCAAGCGCAGAACAACUGAUUACCCUUUAUGAUUAUGAUACAUUUAGCCGUGAUGAUAAGAUGGGCGUGAGCACUAGUGAUAAGGAUGGCAAAUUCAAGGUGUUCGGUCAAGAAGAUGAGGUCUUUGCGGUCGAGCCCUUCAUUACCAUCACACACGACUGUGAGGGGACUUCCCAUGACGGCAAAGUGGGAAAUGUAUACAUGUUGACCGAUAUGAAGUGCCAGUUGGUAAUGCGAACAGAAGAUUCGAUUAGUAGCAAUGUUGCAGGAAUGCAAAUACGUUGA